UAUAUAUCAUAGCUUUAAAAACCCUUCUAAACCCUAACUAUAAUCAAAUCACCGACGAACAUAAAUUAACUCUAAAUUACUUCCAAACAGAUGAACCACCGUCAUUCAUAGAUCUACCUCCGGCAUCCUCGUUAACCAUCUGCGAAUUUAAAUAUGCUUCCGUUAUCGCUUCUCAAGACAUCUCAAGGGCAUCCUAUGCUUGUGGAGCUUAAAAAUGGUGAAACUUACAAUGGGCAUUUAGUAAACUGUGACACCUGGAUGAAUAUCCAUCUUCGUGAAGUAAUCUGUACUUCAAAGGAUGGUGAUAGGUUCUGGAGGAUGCCCGAAUGUUACAUCCGCGGAAACACUAUAAAGUAUCUUCGUGUGCCAGAUGAGGUGAUUGACAAGGUUCAGGAAGAAACCAAGAACCGCAUGGAUAGAAAGCCACCUGGGGUAGGACGUGGAAGGGGAAGAGGCGGUAGGGAUGAUGUUGGCGGUGGCAGAAAGCAAGGAAGAGGCGGCGGCAUGGGGGGGCGUGGCGGCAGCAUGGAUGAUGGAGGAGGUGGUAGAGGCAGGAGCCAAGGAGUAGGAGGUUAUCCUGGUGGCAACAGAGGUGGAGGCCGUGGUGGUCGUGGAUGAUGUGACGGGUGCAAAGGACGUCUCUCGUUUUCAUAUCCCUAUUUUUUUUUUUUUCAGUAGGGUUUGUAUUCAAUGACUGGUUUGGUUAUGGGGAUUAAAAAUGUUGUUCCUGAAAGUGUUGUGGAGGAUGAAGUCCUUGGUAUAUUGUAAAAUUCAAGUUCAACUGUUUAAGAGAUUAAAAUUUAAGCGUGUUUACAGUC